AUGGCGGAGCAGCAGCAGCCCAUCGACGACGAGAAGGAUCCUCCAGCGCCCAGCGAAGACAAAAACAUCAAGCGGCGACCAUCACGACCUCUAGUCCGCACCGCCAGCGAUGAUACUCAAGAUGACGAUCGCAACAAAGACAAGGAGAAGAAUCGGAAGAGCAAAACAGGCGAAAAGACGAAGACCUCAGAGGAAGAGGACGGCGGCAAGAAGAAGCUCUCCAAGACCAGACCAAAAGCCUCGCCAGCGAAAACGCUCGACGACGACAAGCCGAUGAAGUCGCAUGAUGAUGAGAUCGAAAAGCCGAAAUUGCAAAAGGCGACGCCCAAGUUCGACGCACGUGAGAAGACGGCUGACGAGGAGUUCAAACCGGCCGGACCGCGCAAAUCGAAAGAAAAGACGAAGACGAAGACUUCGGAGGAGGAUGAGGGCGUGAUCAAGAAGAACCCAAAGAAGAAGAUCCCGCGUGAACGUAACAAACCCCACAUGGCAUUGAAGACCGCCGGUGAUGACGUUCGAACAGCGGAAGACCAGGUCAAGCAGAAAAAGAAGCCGCUGAAGAGCCUUGAGAAGACGCUACUGGAAGAAGAGGGAGACAAACAAAAGCCUCGAUCCCCGAAAUCGCCUGCAAAUCCGGCUGGCAGCGAUGUGAUGGUUGUGUUUGAAGAAGAAGAAGACAAGCCAUUGCCGGCCAAGUCACCUUCCAAGGCCGGUGUCGGAGAGCAGACGCCCGGUGAAGAGGCGCCGCCCAAGCCCAAGCUCAAGGCAACCAAAUCUCCAUCAAAAGCCGCGCUCAGGGACGGCGAUGCUGUUGAAGACGUCAGACCAGCAAAGUCGCCAUCAGCUGCCGCUGCCGAGUUCACCGCCAACGACGACGUGUUUGGAGGAAAUGAGCAGGGGGAGGGACGACCAGAAGGGAGCGGCGGGCCUGUCUCUGUCUUCCUCCAGCAGCCAUUCCCAUCUGCGGCGCCGGUUCAGUUCGAAUUUACCGGCGGUGAGGAGGAAUUUGCACGGCCUCUGGAGCCACUACGUCCGCCCAUCCAACAAGUCGUGCCGAAGCCAGCACCUCCCCCACCUGUGGUGACAACUCCACCAGCGCCCGGGCGGCCCAAGGCACCAACGGAUAGCAAGUCCGGUCGUUCCGGUCGAAAGAAGCAAUCCGGCAUCAACCGCGGCGGAAUCAAGCAGAACCGCAUCAUCAAAAAGCCACCAAAACCCGCUACCCCCGAGGGCCUUGGACACCGGCUGAAGGGACAGAAGCCGAAGCCGAAGGAAAACGCCGUCGACAGGGCGGCGCGGAAGGCUCGAGCGAAGAUUGAAUGCGCUGGCUUCAACAAGCACCUCCUGAAGGCUGGCGAUGACAUACUCGCGCCCUCUGGCAAGAAGAGGCUGAAGAAUGGCGGGCGCGAGGAGGACGAAGCCGCCACCUCCGUCCGCAUCCAAGACGUCGGCCUACGAGAAGGUGUCGUCCUCGUCAAGAACAAGGACAACGGCGGGAAGCUGUUCGUUAAAAAUCGGCCCUUCUGGACAUCGCCGCAUAACGACGACGACACAAAUGAAGAGUGCCCGAUUGCCUCAUCGGUUGUGCUGGCCGUCGCGAAAGGCAUGAAGUUGGCCGAGCCGCCCGAGGAAAGCGUCGUCAUCGAUCCGUUUGCCCCGCUGGCCGACAUGCAAGCGCGUGACAAGAAGUGGUUCAGCAAGGACCUCGUGUUUGGCAACACUGUCCGCGGCAUCAUCUACGCAAUGUCGACCGAUGACGGAACCGAGCCGACACCACCACCGGGCCCUGGACUUCCGCACGUGUCGUUUGCAAAGAAGCCGCCCGGGUUGAUGACGUCGUACAGCUUCGAUCCGGCCACGCACGACAUGAAGCGGAAGCAGGUUCCCUACAUGCGCUCGGGUCUCGGUGUUCUGCAGCAAAAGAAACGAUUGAAGAAUCGGCCUGGCGCCCCUUCUCCGAAGCGCAACCCGCGGAUGCCGGCC